GCCCCUUUAAUCUCUACUUCCUACACAAAAUAAAAUAUAAGCAAUGGCUAUCUCCAAGUUUUUGUUGAUUUUGUGCCUUCUUCCGCUUUUAAUGGCAAUGGCUGCUGCAGCUCAAUAUAGAGUUGGAGGCUCGGCUGGCUGGACUAUUCCGGCGGACCCUAACACGAUGUCGUACAACCGGUGGGUGGAGAGGAGUCGGUUUCAGAUUGGAGAUUCACUGCUAUUCGUCUACCCUCCCGACAAAGAUUCAGUACUCCAGGUGACACAAGACGCCUACAACACUUGCAACACAUCCUCCUUCAUCCACCAAUUUGACGAUGGCAACACUGUGUUCACCUUCCACCGGUCAGGGCCGUACUACUUCAUCAGUGGCAAGGAGGCCAACUGCAGGAGGAACGAAUCGAUGGUUGUGGUAGUGGAUGCUGACCGGUAGC